UCAUCCAAACCACUCACACACGUUUCAAAGAUCUAAGCAGUACACAGCCUAGAAUCCUUUGCUUCAAAUACCACAAGAACCCAAAAAAAAAAUAAUAAUAAUAAAUAACACACACAGAGAUUUCGAUCAAAUAAUUCCUAGUGUAGACCUAUUCAGGGAGGGCUGUGCAACCUGGCACCAUUGCAUGCUCUCCCACCUUUUCCACUCUGCAACUCAUUUCUCAUCUCUAGCUCUUUUUCUUUCCCAAAACCCAAAUCCCUUCAAUAAAUCUCUUUUCUUUUUCUAUUUUUUUUUCUCUCUCAUCUUCUUAUUCACAUUAUUGUUAUUUAUUAAGCUCCAAUUCAAACUCAAGCUCAACUAAACUGAUUAAUUGGAAGAAAAGAGAUCUGGGUCUUUCCCAAAUCUACUAAAUUUUCUUGGAUUAGAAACUCUAGAAGAAAAUAUGAAAGUGAGCCAGAAAGAUACAGAGAAGCUGAUGAUGAUGAAUCUGGGUACACCCAAUGCUGGGUCGGGCCCACAAUCCAGAGUCUUGCCUAGGCUUUUGCUCUGGCUCAUCCUCUUCGUCACCGUCACCUACGUCGUCUACACGCUCAGGCUAAUCUCUAACUCACGCGCCUGCGAUCACGAGCCUUUCUCUAAUCCCCGCCGUCAAAUCUCCACCGCCUCCGCCUCAUCACAACCAACACAGUCGAUUCUAGAUCAAGAUCAAGCGGUCGAGGUUCGCCGCCAGACAACCCAGAUACGAAACGUUGUGUUCGGAAUCGCCGCCUCGGCUAAGUUUUGGGAGAAGAGGAAGAACUAUAUUAAGCUCUGGUUCAAGCCCGAGGAAAUGCGAGGGAUAGUCUGGCUAGACCAAACGGUGAAGAAGAAUAAGACGAAAGAUAACAAGGGAGAUCGGGUGGCGGUGGAAGAGGCAGAGGAUCUGAGUCUUCCUCCGGUGAUGAUCUCCGGCGACACCUCGAAGUUCUCGUACACGAACCGGCAGGGCCACCGGUCCGCGAUUCGGAUCUCGCGGAUCGUGUCGGAGACACUCCGUCUCGGGCUCGAAGACGUGCACUGGUUCGUGAUGGGCGACGACGACACCGUUUUCGUCACCGAGAACUUGGUCCGCGUUUUGAGCAAGUACGACCACAACCAGUACUACUACAUCGGAAGCUUAUCGGAGAGCCACUUGCAAAACAUAUAUUUCUCGUACGGCAUGGCCUACGGCGGCGGCGGCUUCGCCAUCAGCUACCCACUCGCGAAGGCGCUGGAGAAAAUGCAAGACCGGUGUAUUCAACGGUACCCAGGACUGUACGGAUCCGAUGACCGAAUGCAAGCUUGCAUGGCCGAACUCGGUGUCCCACUCACCAAAGAACUCGGUUUUCACCAGUAUGAUGUGUAUGGAAACUUGUUCGGGCUUCUUGCAGCACAUCCAGUGGCACCUCUGGUAUCAUUGCAUCACCUUGAUGUGGUUGAGCCAAUCUUCCCCAAUGUGACUCAAGUUAAAGCCCUCCAGCGGCUUACCAAACCUAUGAAGUUGGACUCAGCAGGGCUCAUGCAACAAUCAAUUUGCUACGACAAAUCUAAGCGUUGGACUAUUUCAGUUUCAUGGGGCUUUGCCGUUCAAGUAUUUCGGGGAGUCUUCUCACCUCGUGAGAUAGAAAUGCCUUCAAGGACAUUCUUGAAUUGGUACAAAAAAGCAGAUUAUACCGCAUACGCAUUCAACACCCGCCCAGUUUUCCGAAACCAAUGCCAAAAGCCUUUUGUUUUUUACAUGUCAAAUGCAAGAUUGAAUUCUUCAACACACCAGACAGUGAGUGAAUAUGUACGGCAUCGCGUCCCUCACCCUCCAUGCAAGUGGAAGAUGGCUGAUCCAACCAAGCUUGACAGAGUGGAGGUAUAUAAGAAGCCUGACCCGCAUCUAUGGGAUAGGUCUCCGCGGAGAAACUGCUGCAGAGUCAUGGAGUCAGGGAAGAAAGGAACCAUGGUGAUAAAUGUGGGUGUGUGUAGGGAAGGCGAGAUCAGUGAAAUAUAGUUAAAAUUAAAUUGAUCAAAUUUUAGGAUGGGGUAGCUUCUUUUUUUCUUCUUCCUCUUCGUCAAUUCUUAAUUAGUCUUUUUUUUUUUUUUUUUUUUUUUGAGCAAAUUCUUAAUUAGUCUAUUUCUUUAAUUGUUCCACGGUCCAAAUUUUGUUGACAAACAAUCAUUAUAGAAAAGAAAAUUGAUGUUGUACAAAAGUUGUAGUU